AUGAAGCCUCAAGACAUCAUCGCCUCAAAGAGCAGCUUGUGGAUCUUCGGGUACGGGUCUUUGGUGUGGAAGCCUGACUUCAAGUACAAAAGGAGUGAGGUCGGUUACAUUCAAGGCUACAAGAGACGUUUCUGGCACGGGGACAACUUCCACCGUGGAAACGACGAGACGCCCGGAAGAGUCGUCACGUUGAUCGAAGACGAUGACGCGACUACUUGGGGUGUGGCGUUUGAGGUGUCGGGCUCGCAGGUGGAAGAGUCCCUCAAGUACCUCGAUGUUCGGGAGACGGUCUGCGGAGGCUACGUCACCAAGAUGGUGGAGUUCUUUCCUGGCGGAGAGGCGCAGGCUCCCGUUCAAGCGCUGGUGUACAUCGCCACCUCGGAGAACCCGCUGUACUUGGGGCCGGCCACCCCGGAGGAGAUCGGGGCCCAGAUCGCCGUGUGCCGCGGGAAGACGGGCCACAACCUGGAGUACCUGCUCCGGUUGGCCCAGUUCAUGAGGAGCAGCUGCCCAGAUGUGGAAGACCACCAUCUGUACGCCGUUGAGGCCGCCGCACUAAUCGUGGUGUCCUGCCUGUUGGCGGCUCAGUAG